UACAAGAACACUAACACACACCAGAAACGAGCUAGACAGCUUCCGGCCAUGGCUCCGGCGGCUAAGAAUGACACCGGGGCAAACGUCCCGCUCCUUCAGGAGCUGGGUGGGCCUUCGGAGAAAGGUGGGUCGGUUUCCGGGGCAGUGUUCAACGUGUCCACAAGCAUUAUUGGUGCCGGAAUAAUGUCCAUUCCGGCGACUCUCAAGGUCUUAGGUGUGGUUCCGGCGUUUGUUUCUAUCGUGUUGAUUGGAUUUCUGGUGGAUAUAUCGGUUAAGUUCUUGAUGAAGUUUACGUACUCCGGCGAGUCCACGACUUACGCUGGCCUAAUGAAGGAGUCAUUUGGACGUGUUGGUUCUGUUGCUGUGCAGAUUUGUGUUAUGAUCACUAAUCUUGGGUGUUUGAUCAUUUAUCUCAUUAUUAUCGGAGAUGUACUCUCAGGGAAAGGACCAGCUCACUUGGGUGUUUUGCAAGAAUGGUUUGGGGUUCACUGGUGGAACACUCGUGCUGUUGCAGUCCUCUUCAUUGUCGUGUUCGUUAUGCUUCCACUGGUCCUGUUUCGACGUGUAGAAUCGUUGCGGUUCAGUUCAGCGGUAUCGGUUCUUCUUGCAGUGGUGUUUGUUGGGAUAUGCUCAGUGAUGGCAAUCUCUGCACUUUUGGAAGGUAAAACAGAGAGUCCGAGAUUGCUUCCUCAGUUGGACAAUGGAGCUUCUUUCUUCAAUCUGUUCACUGCUGUUCCGGUCAUUGUCACAGCUUUCACCUUUCAUUUCAAUGUUCAUCCAAUUGGAGUUGAGCUUGGAAAACCAGCAGACAUGGCCUUAGCAGUCAGAAUUUCUCUAGUCCUCUGUGCUACUAUCUACUUUGCAAUUGGCAUUUUUGGGUACCUCCUCUUUGGAGAUUCUAUAAUGUCAGACAUUCUAGUCAAUUUUGAUCAGACCCCAGGUGGUUCAGCAAUUGGGUCAUUGCUGAAUGACAUAGUUAGACUGAGCUAUGCACUUCACCUAAUGCUGGUGUUUCCUCUCUUGAACUUCUCUCUGAGGUCCAACAUUGAUGAAUUUCUUUUUCCCAAGAGAGGUCUUUUGGCAAGGGACAACAAAAGAUUUGUGUCUCUCACUUUUGUUUUGUUGGUUGUCUCUUACAUUGCUGCGAUUGCCAUUCCCAAUAUAUGGUACUUCUUCCAGUUCAUGGGUUCUACUGCUGCUGUCUGCCUUGCCUUUAUAUUUCCAGGUGCAAUUGCUCUCAGGUACUCUCUCUCCCGCUCUCUCUCUCAAAUAGGUGAUUUGUCACUUUGGUCUUCAUUAACCACACACUUCAAGAGACAUUUUUGA